GUCCUCUUGUUGCGCGGUACGUUCAAACUUCUCCGUAUUAUAUAAUUGCUACCUCUUAUUAUGCUGCUGCUUCUCUUCCUUCUUCCGGCGUUUGUUGUUCACCGGCCGGCGGCGGCGGCGGCUCCCGGCGCCUGUUUAUGAACUUGAACGUUUUUCUACUACUCCUGCCUGCCGUUGCUGCUUUUGAACACAAUUUCAAUUCAGUGUAUCUAGGACAUGUUUUCUUAUAGCCAUGGCCCGCUAAUGCGAGUGGCUUUCUAAGCUUACGCCGCCUUUUACGGAAAAUUUGCAGCAAUUGUGCAUUUGCUUCUGUCUCUUGCGUACAUGACUAUCUCAGUCACCGACGCUUCCGGUCCGAGCAAGGAAGUUCAAUGGCUGGCUUCCGUCUUCUCUGGCAUUGUUUUCUGCAAGAUUGUUUACACGUUAACAGGCAUCGUUAGCCUCCAAAGCUUUAGAACAUAUGGAAAAUUAAGCGAUUUUGGGAAGGUCGAGUGGAACAAUAGGGGGUUUUCAACAUUCCACGCCCUUGUUGCAGCAUCUUCUUCUCUUUACCUUGUCCUGUUAUCAAGUACUUUCGAUCCAGGUUCCAGUAAUGAGCUUCUUAUAAGAAGAACGUCCUCUUUAUCCGAUAUGACAUUAGGGUUCUCUGUUGGCUACUUUCUAUCAGAUUUGGCAAUGGUUCUUUGGUAUUUCCCGGCUUUAGGUGGUUUAGAGUAUGUGCUGCAUCAUGGAUUAUCACUGUUCUCAAUCAUUCAAUCCCUCUUAAGUGGUCAAGGACAGGUUUACAUACUAAUGGUUCUUUUCACAGAGUGCACAACUCCAUUUGUAAAUCUUAGAUGGUACUUGGACAAUGCUGGCCAGAAGAACUCAAACAGCUACGUCGUUAAUGGCAUUGCAUUGUUUCUUGGGUGGUUGGUUGCCAGGAUUCUCUUAUUUAUAUAUUUUUUUGGUCACAUGUUUAAACACUUCGAUCAGGUGAAGACUGUGUACCCUUUGGGGUUCUAUAGCUUGCUGACGGUGCCUCCUAUGCUGGCUUUGAUGAACGUGUUCUGGUUUUGGAAGAUCGCUAGAGGAAUGAUUAAAACUCUCAGAAAGGCAAGGCACAACAAAUGAAAGGUCCGUUACCUUCUUCCUUUCUUUGCCUUCUACUACGCUAUUCAGUUUCCAACAUGAAAAAUGUAAACAAAAUUAGCUAAUUUGGAGGUACAAGUAUGCUUCUGCUCUGUUAAACUUAAAAGCCACCGCUAUAGAAAACCUCAAAUCGUUUGCUACUACACGAACAUCAUAGAACUUCGAAAGAUCCUACUUAAUACUUUGAAUACGAUAACAAGUGUGUUAGAUUUGAACAUCUAACAUUUUAGUCGAAAA